GAACAAAGACCACAUAAAACGAUGACGUAUCGAGGUUCAAUUGUCAACAUGGUUGACUGCGGUAACUUACGAUGCUUUCAAGAAAGACGUUUAAUUAAAAAAGACUUGAUGUCAUGGAGUAAAAAGAUACCAUUGGUCGUAGGACUUGAAACAAUUGCUGAGCACGUUGGCAGCAGACGGAAAGUACGGAAGUUAUUUGAACCCUUCCACAGUCUGGAAAGUAAGACGCCCCAGGACUGGGAGCCAGAAGAAAACUGUUUCUACUGUUCGGACAGAAUACAGCUUCUGUUUGAUGCAAUAGAGAAGACAGAUUCUAAAGAAGGUGGAAAGAUUCUCAAAGACCAUCCAAGCUUACGUCAUCUGGGCGAAGUGCUUCCAUUCUUACCUCAGUUCUACACAAGCGACUUCGGGCGUGACCUCCUCACAGACAUCAAGUCUGCCAGCACAGAGCCCGAGCCAUCAUCUCCCGAGAAAGAACCUGAGCCCGAGCCCAAGGCCAACAUUGAGCUCAAAGUGCCUGCUGUGUCCUCCCCUGGACCCAGUGCGAAGUUGAAGAAGGCCAGCCCUCCAAACAGCAGGAAGUGCCACCUUGAUGAGGACCUCUCCUCCUCCAUGUCUGAGGUGAAGGGCGCGACACUGACUGGCCGUCGUGGGGGAUCUAUGUACGGUGUACCCAGAAGAACCCUCAGAACAAAGAUGUUCAAGAUGGAGACAGAUGAGAGCAGAGUGACUGCGGCCACAUUGCUAGAUGACGACUCCCACAGCAGCACAGACAUAUCCCAUAAUGCACCGGCCUCUGAGCUGGCCUUGUUCAAACACCUACCACGCUAUGGAGAGAUCCACGAUAGGCCUCUCAUGCUGACAGACCUGCUACAGCUGUCCUCACUGCAGUACCUGACCCCCAUUGCCAUGCCCUACUUCAUCACACCGGAGAUGAUUAGCAUGCACUACGGCAACAUGGAGGAGGAGACAGAGUGGGAGAGGAGGCUGCAGGCUCUCAGGCACAAGCACAACAUCAGCCAGGCAUCCAUGAACCACUACAAGGCGAAGGCAGCUGCCCACAGAUUCAAGCCCUACCAGCACGAUCUGAUCAAGAGGCUUACCCACGAGAGGCUCCAGCAGGAGAUCCGAGCUAUCAGGACCCGCAGGCGUGACGAAUGCACGGCCAGCAAUGAGGUCCCCGCAGCCAGGCCCUCAGCCAAGUCCAGAAGUGGUAGGGUGUGCGAUGGGCGUGACCGCCACGUCUCGGACCACCACCACCACCACCAAGCACCGCCACAAGCAAAGAGAGUUAAACGCGAACUCAAGGAGAGUUCUGUUAUGAAUUCCAGCGGCCUUUUGCAGGAUGCCCUUUACAAAGCCUUAAAUACAAGCCAUCCAUUCCUGAACAGCCUGCACGAGUCUAACUCCUCGGAUUCCGAUGCGGGUAACAAAGUGCCUGAUUAUAUCUAUCAAUCGCUACCCUCAAUCGGUGAGAAGAGGGGCCCGGCCCUUUCAAAAGACAGCGACAUGGAGAGGAGGAUCUACGAAGGCCUUUUAAAAUAUGACAAUACCAGGAUUGGGGAUACCCUCAAAGACAUUAUAGUCAAAACGAUCUCAGAGAAAGUCAAGUGCAAGCUGGAAUCAACAGAUUUUGCUGGCCUUGUGGGUUCGGCGACCAAUGAAGAAAAGCAAAAAGCAAAAGAGUCAAUUUUGUCUGCAUUUUCCGUACCAGAUGUAUGUGCCUCAUCUCCCCCUAAAAGAAGCCGUCGUGAGUCCCAUCAUGGCAGCCAGGGAAAGUCUUCAUCAACAUCAGCGUCAGUUACAUCUAGCCAUAAUUCCUCAUCUGGUGGAACGCAGGCCAAGAAAACAAGACCAAAACGUGGCCAGUACCGAAAAUACAACAGCCAGCUGCUCACGGAAGCUGUGAAAGCGGUACAGAGGGGAGAGAUGAGUGUCCACAGGGCGGGCAGCUACUAUGGGGUGCCUCAUUCCACACUGGAGUACAAAGUGAAAGAGCGCCACCUAUUGAGGCAAAAGAAAAUCAAGGAGCAGCAAGAAGCAAAACAGAAACAAGAGGCAGAGGCAGCCAAGAGAAAGGAAGAUGAGGAGAACUCUAACUCUCAAGGCUCACUGGAUGAGGAGGAACUGUCACCAGACAAGAGAAUGUCCUCCAGAGAGUCGUCCAACUCUAGUCCACCCAAAUCAGGUCAAUCCACGUCCCCAUGGUUGCCAGCUAUGUCCGGGGGCUUGCCUUAUGAGAACGCUGCCGCCCUGGGCCUGUUUGGCGUGGGUUUCGGUAUCAGCACCCCUGCAUCAGAGCUGCUAAGGAAACUGCAGCAUAAAGUGCAGAGUUGAGAGAGCGGUCCAUGCAUGUGCCAUCAUACAUGUGAAGCCAAUGAGGUCAAGUUUAUCACAUGUGUGUCUCGACUGUGUCUCAAUGUCUGUGUGAAACAUUCUCUUAUAUCAGCGCUGUUAACCAUCAUCCAAGUCAUCAUCUGAUGUUUGUGCAUCAGCAUGUGAACAGGUUUUGAUUGUCAUGAUACCUCUUCAGAAUAUGUUUAAGGUGGUUUUAACCCUUUACCACUUGGAUACAUAUUUUCACACAUGUGUACUCCCUUAGAAAGUUAUAUUUAAUUUAAUACCUUUCCUACUACCGUAGAUUCAGUUUUUAAGGCUUCAUCUCCAAACCUUAGAUACUGAUGAGCAGCAAACAGCAUAAAACCUGAACAGACUGCGAGUUACUCAAAGGCUGUUCUGGUUUUAUGCUGUUUGCACAUAGCCAUUUUCACGUUGCUUCUGAGUGGAAAAGGGUUAAAUAAAUGAGUGUUCUAGUCAGCAAAAGCCUGUGUUUGACUUUUUGUACAAUAAACUCUAGUCAAGAUAUAAAUGGCCAUUACAUGAUGUUCUUUUUUAAUCCUAUGAUACCUUGUUAAUGUUUAUCUCAUUUGUUUUGUAUUGUGUUAUAUUACUUUUUCAUAUGUAUUUUCCAAUUAGACCAGGUCAUGUGCACCAUUUACAACCAAAUAAGUUUAUUUUGUAAAAUUUGAGAAAAUUGAAUCGUUCAGGUUGAAUAGAAUAAUAUUGAAUUCCUCACAUGGCGAUAAGACGUUCCUAUGAAUAUAGACCAGCAAAAGUUGUCUCUAAAUACACACUGAACAUCUCAUUUAUUAUACUAAAGAAUAUUCUUGCAAAGUUGAUCAAAAGUUUAAGACACAUUAUAUUCUCAACAUAGAAACAUUUAAUUAUUCGUAAUAGAAUAAUUGAAUAAGUAACACAUUGAAGUUGACAUAGACCAAACAAUUGUACUCUGAAGGAUACUUUGACCAAUGCUGAUUUGCGGGUCCGGUCAAGUAUGAAGUGGUGUAGUGGAUAUGGUGUCGGCCUAGCGAUUGGGAGGUCACAGGUUUGAUCCCAACUGUGGGAGCGUUCUUUAGAUUACCGCCAUAGACACCAAGUAUAGUGUUGUUGAUAUGGUGUCCCCCUAGCGAUCGGGAGGUCACAGGUUUGAUCCCCACUGUGGGAGCAUUCUUUAAAUCUCCCCCUAAAGACACCAAGUACUGGUUUUUGUGCCAGUAAAUGGACUAGAGAGCGUUUCAAAUAAGCCUUUGCCUUUCUAUGCAAUCAAUCUAAAAUAAAUAGGUUUAAACUAGUUAGACCAGGUGUCUUUUUUUUUAAAGGGGCCUUUUCACAUUUUGGUAAAUUGAUAACAUUAAAAACAGUUGUUUCAGAUUCGCAAAUUUUCGUUUUAGUUAUGAUAUUUGUGAGGAAAUAGUAAUACUGAACAGUUAUAAUGCUCUAAAAUAUCCAUAAUAUGCAUUUUUUGACGAUUUGAAAACCUGAAAAUUAUAAAUUGUUGCUGCUUGCAUUGCGAAACGAUUGAAUAAUUUGGAAAUGUCUGUUGUUGUCGUUGUUUUUUUUGUGAAACUAUGAGGAUUGCAUAUAUAAAGUAAGUACAUCAAUCACCUCAUAGUAUAAUCAAGGAUAGCCGAGUGGUCUAAGCGGAAGAAUUUUACUCCAGGACUCCAGGGGUCAGUGGUUCGAGCCCAGUUGAGGGUUACUUUUUUUUAAGCCCCCGGAUCGAAAGAUCGGGGUAUAUUGUUUUUGGCCUUGGUCUGUCAUUCAUUCAUUGUGUGUGUCCCAAAACUUUAACCUUGGUUAAAGUUUUGUAAUAACUUUUGCAUUAUUGAAGAUAGCAACUUGAUAUGCAUGUGUAUCUCAUGGAGCUGCACAUUUUGAGUGGUGAAAGGUCAAGGUCAUCCUUCAAGGUUAAAGUUCAAAUAUAUGGCUUCAAAGUGGUGCAUUAGGGGGCAUUGUGUUUCUGACAAACACAUCUCUUGUUUUUAUCUUUUUAUGCCCCCGGAUCGAAAGAUCGGGGGUAUAUUGUUUUUGGCCUGUCUGUCAUUGUAUGUGUGUGUGUGUCCCAAAACUUUAACCAAAACUUUAACUUUGGUCAUAACUUUUGCAAUAUUCAAGAUAGCAACUUGAUAUUUGGCAUGCAUGUGUAUCUCAUGGAGCUGCACUUUUUGAGUGGUGAAAGGUCAAGGUCAUCCUUUAAGAUCAAAGGUCAAAAAAACUAAUUAAAAAACUUUAACCUUUUUCAUAACUUUUGCAAUAUUGAAGAUAGCAACUUGAUAUUUGGCAUGCAUGUGUAUCUCAUGGAGCUGCAAAUUUUGAGCGGUGAAAGGUCAAGGUCAUCCUUCAAGGUCAAAGGUCAAAUUUAUGGCUUCAAAGCGGCGCAAUAGGGGGCAUUGUGUUUCUUACAAACACAUCUCUUGUUUUAAUUGUAUUCUUGUUUAUUUUACUGGAGUUUUUUAGGUCCAAUCUUUAAAUGUAUUUAUAUAAAGUAUUUAAUGACAAACUUUAAUACAUGCCAAAAUCUGUGGAAAGGCCCCUUUAAAGUGAAAAAUAGGUAUACCCAACUUAGAUUACUAAAUAAAAAUGACACAAUGUCAAGAAGAUUGUUGUGUUUUACUGUACACCAAGUCUAAAAUCUGUUGUAAAAUAAUAAUAAUCAUGAAUUGAUAUCAGAUACAGAUCAGAAAUAGAAAUCUACCAAAAAUAUAUGUGAAUAUUCUUAUGAACCCUUAUAUAAUUGUAUUCCUAUUUUGACUGUGCAAUAAUUUAUACCGGUACUACAGUUGACACUCAAAUGCAAAAAAAUAUUUCUCAGUGUUUGAAAAGCAUAUUUCCACAUUAAAUACUGUAAUCUAGCAUUACAUCCCUUAUAAGUUUCAAGGCAUUAAAAGUCUCAAGGCAUUCAAUUUAUCAUACAUUUUACUUUCUUUAUUGGUAUUUAUAUUUGCUUUUAAAUUGUUAUUCUUGUUGUUGUUUUUUAAGUCAACAUAGGUCAACUUUAAACGUAGGAGGCAUGCUCAAAACAUGUUUCUCAGAUGUAUUAACUUUGAACUGAUGUUUAUUGUAAAGGUUUAUUUUCAGUAGGAUAUAUUUAAUGUAAGUUGUCUAGAACUUACUGUACCAACUUACGCUCCCUUUCAUCAUCUUGUAUUCUUAGCUUUACUUUAAAUGUGAUAAGUGCAAAACUUUAGAAAACUAUAACUUAGUAUUCAAUUAAACUUUGCUUGCUUUAGGCAUACUUUUGGUGAAUAAGUUUUAAUUUUCAUUGAAUCAGUUCCUAUAUCCAGAUAUCAAUAUAUUCAAAGGUUUUCCUUAUAUAUGAAAAUUUGACUUGAUGCCUUUACAGCUGUUGAGUAUUGCAUGCAAAAGCUACUUCCUACUUGUACUUUUCUCAACUUUAUUAAGUACACAUUUUUAUUCUAGAAAAUUGAAAUGUGACAGUUGGUGUAUAUCAAUAGAUGAUAAAAUGCUUAUUCCCCUCCCCAUGAAUAACUGUACACGUGUUUGAAAGAUUGACAUUUUCAACGGAUCUGUCAAUAAUUGACAGCUGUUUCCUUAAAAUAUGUAAAUUUCAUGCAAAGGACUUAAAUUUACAUAUUUGAUUUUAAUAAUGAUAAUGUAUUCACAUGUGUUUAUUGUCAUGCAGACCGCCACUUCACAUAUAUUUAUGACCUGUUUAAUGAGUUUAAUUGUGUUCAUGAUUAUACUUUAAACUGCACAAGAUGAGGUAAUAUUGAAUGUUAACAAUUAUUCUAGGUGCUAAAUAAGCUACAGUCAGCUACAUUUUCAACAUCCUGUAUUUGCUUUUGAACAAGUCACACUGUUGCAGAGCAUUAAAUAUUAGAUUGCAUGUAAAAAAAGUACUCAACAAUAAUUAUGCGGUUUUUGGAAAUGCUCUUUCAGAAUAAAGUGAAGGGAAAUUUUCUGAAUAUUGAAAUGUUAUAACAAAAUAGUUUCAAAUGCAUUAAAUGCACUUUUUAGAAAUCACAGUUUCAUUUAUUUUUAAUGAAAGUCUGAAAGUACUUUGACCAGUCAAAUAUUCCAUAUGUGCAAUGAUGUGUAAAUGUAUUUUUUUGACACAGCUUAUUUUCUAGUCAUGUUAUGGAAUCUCAUUGUGUGUUUCUUGACAUAUUUUUUGUAUGGACGCACAAUACAAUAUAAAUCUGUUUUUUUACUCAUUCUAGUCCUUAUUAAAAGUAACAUUGACGUUUAUAUGUAUUAUUUAAUUAUUUGAUGUGUUUAUUGUUGUUUUGUCUUUUGUUACUAUUGUUUUGUUUUUUUACCAAUGGCACAUUUUGACGGUCUCUUUAGUAAACUUGUUUAAAAUGGCUGCACACUGAAAAAAUGUACAGUUGAAGUCAGUUUAUAACUCAUCAAAGUCAUGUGUGUACAACCUUUUAAGUAUGUGGUGACCAGUGUUCAUUAAAGAGUUAAUGUUGUAGAUUGUUGAUGUUUGAAUGAAUCCUUAUGCGCAAUCAGUGGUGUGAUGUGUUCUUCUUAUAUGUAAAAGUAACUUUUGUUACAUUACCUUGGUACUAUAUGCCUUUAUUCUCAAUCAUUCCAUUGUUUGACUUAUUGCCAAUUAUAUAUUAAGCUUAUGUGAAUAUUUGUGCUUUUUUAUCACUUCAGUGAUAGUUAAUGUUGAUGAUUAUGUAAAACUGUGUACAGCAAAUGUCCAUCUAAGAUACUGAGACUUUUUCUAUUCAGGUACAUUAACUUACUUAGGCUGUACAAUGUCACAUUAAUACGUAAUAGUGUAUAACAAACACUGUAAGGUCUUGUCUGUACGUUUGUGAACACUACCUCAUCGACAUUGUCAAUUAAUUAAGGUCACACUGUAGUUAAGUGCCAUACAUUGCAUGCUGUCAUGUAGUACAUGUAGUACACAUGUAGCUCAACAAUAUUGACCUGGCCCUGACCUUUUUUAACACUCUAGAUGUCACAUUUUUUUGCCUAUUCAUGAUGAAAAUCCGCUUAGAACAUUUUAUGGUUCAGGUCCAUUGAAAACUAUGACAGUCAGAGGAGGGCCAGUUUUCUUAUAUUUCAAUAGUGAAACCCUGUUAACACUCAGACUUGAAGUCACAUUUUUUACCAAACUAUCAUGCAACAUGCUGUGAAAAUGUUAUAUAAUAAUAUCAGGGACGAGUUGUAAAAUGGUUCUAAUCCAUUGAAAAAUAUGACCGCAAGUUGGGUGUUUUUGUUUUUUUACUUGGUUAAAGUAACCUUGGGAACACUAGAAGUAACAUAUUUUGCCCAAUAAUGGUGUAUCUUGCUCAGAGCAUUAGUUUAAAGAACAUCUAGACCUGGGGACCAUUUCAAUAACCAUCGUAGUACACAUUUAUGAUACGAUACAUUUUUCGAAGAUACAUUAUUGCUAAAGUCCAUAUCAUAUGAUUAUAAAUUUUCAGUACUUAUUAGUCCCCUACCGGUUUCACCGGAGGGGACUUAUGGUUUUGUCCCCAUCCGUCAGUCUGUCCAUCCGUCACACUUUUCUGGAUCCUGCGAUAACUUUGAAAGUUCGUAAUAUUUUUUCAUGAAACUUGGAACAUGUAUAUAUGGCAAUAUGGACAUUAUGCACGUCAUUUCAUUUUGUUGCUACGUCAAAAAUUGUGGUUGCUAUGGCAACAAAUAGACUAGAAAUAGUACUGAAAAUGGUGUUUUUUUCUGGAUCCUGCAAUAACUUGAAAAGUACUGAAUAUUUUUUCAUGAAACUUGGAACAUGGAUAGAUGGCAAUAUGGACAUUACGCACGUUAUUUCAUUUUUUCCUACGUCAAAAAUUGUGGUUGCUAUGGCAACAAAUAGACUAGAAAUAGUGCUGAAAAUGGUGUUGUUUUCUGGAUCCUGCGAUAACUUUAAAAGUUCUUAAUAUUUUUUCAUGAAACUUGGAACAUGGAUAGAUGGCAAUAUGGACAUUAUGCACGUCAUUUCAUUUUGUUUCACGUCAAAAAUUGUGGUUGCUAUGGCAACAAAUAGACUAGAAAUAGUGCUGAAAAUUGUUGUUUUUUUCUGGAUCCUGCGAUAACUUUAAAAGUUCUUAAUAUUUGUUCAUGAAACUUGGAACAUGGAUAGAUGGCAAUAUGGACAUUAUGCACGUCAUUUCAUUUUGUUUCUACGUCAAAAAUUGUGGUUGCUAUGGCAACAAAUAGACUAGAAAUAGUGCUGAAAAUGGUGUUGUUUUCUGGAUCCUGCGAUAACUUUAAAAGUUCUUAAUAUUUUUUCAUGAAACUUGGAGCAUGGAUAGAUGGCAAUUGUUCAGAUAUAAAUUUAUAAAAAGAUUUACCCUUUUUUGUUCAAAACAAUAAGGUAUAAUAUACUAUGUAUUACAUAAUAUUCUGUUUCAAUGGGAAGAGCUUUACAAUGUAAUGUUAUUUUCUUGUGUGCAGCAUAACUUGUCAAAUAUUAAAUGGAUUCAAAUGAAACUUGAUAUAUUGAUGAAUGGCUUUGAGAUGUAGUGUUAAAGUACCAUAAUUCUAACUUCAGUAUUUACAGAGUUGUUAUCCCUUGUUUAUUUCUUGUAGAUUCUUUAAUUCUGUUAGAAUUGAAGAUAGCAAGAUGAAAUAAAAUAGAUCUGCAAAUAGCAUUUCAAGAAAGUGCAGAGUGCAAGAACUCUGAAGUGUUUUUAGAGAUAUUUCCCUUUGUUUUUUUGCUUAAAUAGUGUAAUUUAAAUAAUUUUAUUUUGGAAAUCUAACCAUAAAAAGUCUGGAAGGGAAUCAAACAAAGCAACAUAUAAACUGUUCAUCACAGCAUGUCUGGUUUGAAUAUCCAGAUUAUAUUAAUGAUAGGUUUUAGUGACUGGCCUUAUGUCUAAUGUUGCUUUAACACCAGACCCUCGCAGGGCAUGGUGAAAUGUUUUAGAUGUGCAUUUUCAAUGUUAAUCAAGUGGCUUAAUUCCUAUUUGUUGUGCUAUUUUGCUUUUAGCUUUAGAAUUAAAGUGCCUUGUAGUACCGUUGCUGUUGUGGUGAAAAUGUUACCAAAUUUCAUAUAUUUAUAUUUGAGACAUGCUUUUUAUGUACAGCUUAUUUUUAAAUAAAUGUGGGUAUUGUAUACAGAGUGUGUCUAACUUUUUGUCAGAUAUUUUAUUUAUACAUGUCCGUGUCAUAUUGUAUCGUAAAUCGAUAUUUUCUGGACUAUACCUGAUUUUCUUAUUUUAUAUUCAAUAAACUCUUAAACGUGAA